UAUCUCCGACUCCGAGUCUAACCCAUUUUCUCAGUCUCCCUUCCACCCUCUUUGGGAAAAGAAAAAAAAGGAGAAAAAGUAGUAGAGUGUCUCUCCAUCUCCAUCUCUAAAGUCAUGCUAGCUAGGGUUACGAUGCCGACUUGCUGUCCAUGACGAUUAGUUGAUCUCACUCCCCGGUGGCCUGAAAACUCUGAUCAACGCCAUUCUCUCCUAUCCCCAUUAAUUGAUCGUUUCGGUUUUGAUAUUUACUCAAAAUCAAUCGUGGCUUUGUUUGGUUGAGAUAAUCAUAGGGUUGGGUGGUAUCUGGGAAGAGCAUCGGAUUGAACAAUGCAUUCGGUGCCUUCGUCUUUUUCUUCUUCUUCACUUCAGCUCCCCACGCGCCCUCACGUUACGUCAUUCUAUGGCGGAUCUUCGUCUCAUCGUCUGAAACGUCAAAACAAAGCUGAUCGGCGUGGUAAUCUUAGUUAACAUUAGGUUUUCACUAAGCAUCUCCUCCUCCUUUUCAUCCUCGUCCUCGCCAACACAGUCAUCGUUGUACAUCUGUCUUCUUUUCCAUUGACUGCGUUUAUUCAGCUUCCAUUCGCACACUUCAUAUUUCCUGUUUGUAUACAAAUCUAUGUAAUUAGCUGAUAAUUCAAUCCACCCGGAGAUCUGGUCAUCGCGUCUCCAAACCUCCUCCUUUCUUCGUUUUUAUUGGCUGAAAAGGUGUAGCUCGGUGACUUUUGGGAUCGGUGGCAUAUCGCUUGCAUAUUUUAUAGUUGUCAUAUCCUCGGAUCAACAGAAAGGUACAACUUAAGCUCCUGUACUAAUUGAUGGACAUCUGUUGUCCUCAUGAUAUGUCAGUUUCUGAAGAUGUAAGCAGCUUCUGUGCGUUGUCAUUGGGUCCACCUGAUAAUCCUAAUGAUCACAACAAAAAUCUGUAUGAUGAUCUUGGCAACCGUUUGACUGAGUUUCUACAUGUUCAAAACAAGCAGAAGUCAUCAUCUGUUGCUGUUCCAUCUCCCAAUGAUGGUCAAAUUGGUACUUCAGCUAAGGAAGUUGGGUAUAAAGAAUCCCAUGCGAAUGAAUUGGACAAGUUAACUAAUGAAAAGUGCUUGGCUAAAUGUGCAACAUUUCCAUGUUCUGCUGAGAGUAAAUCCUCUGCUGAUGUACUUGACAUGGAAGAACGUCACAAGGAAGACCUAACACCUGGAGAUUCUGUGGAGAAUGGACAUGAUCAAUCUGCUAAUUGUCCAUAUCCACGUUCAAUAUCUUUACCUACUCCUUUGAAGCUUGUAUCUGCCAUGAAAGGUAGCCGUGAGAAGCAAGGGGCUCCACCUCAGAAGUUGACAGUGACUUGGGCUGCUGAUGUGUAUGAUCCAGUUCCAACCUCCGUAUCACAUGUACCAAGCAGUAAGCCUCAACGAUAUAGGAACGAUAACAGAAGGAAUGGAAAAAAUAAGCUGAAGGCUAGUGGCAAGACAUCCCGAGGAAACAGGGGCAAGGACAAAAAGCAAUCUCGGAAGGGUGGUGGGAGGAGUAACAGGUCUUUCAAGCCCGUGGAUGACGAGGGCAAUGGAGCUUGCUUUAGUGGACCUCAUCGCAAUGCCAUUGAUUUUGAUGUUGGUAGCCCGGAUCCAUUCUGUGGGCAGAGUUUCCUGAAGAAAUCCGUCACUUCGAUCCACUUCUCGGUUACAGAGGCUACUUGAGGAUUCUGUUUUAAUGUUGUCUGUCUUAAACCAUCUGACCGGUUCUGUAAAUAAAUAAUGGUAGUCUGCGAGGUUCUGUUGAGUCUAGGACAUGCGAGGCAAGAGCGACAAAUGGAGACAGGUUUUGUUUAACGACUUGGAUCUGCGUUUCAAAAACUACUUACUUCGGUUGAUGUUAUAAUGGUAAAUAAGUAAUUAGUGGGAUUACCUUAUUAAAA